AUGUCCAGAGAGUAUCCAAGGGCCCCAAUUAAUAAGAUAACGAUUAGACAAUUGAGUGAUAAUAAAGAGAUCAUGGGUAGUGAGAAUUUAAAAGUAAGAUCAUGUUCGCUGCUUCGUAAUAGUGUUUUCCCCGAAUACGUUGGCAGUCCCCAUCUGAAAUUACAUAAUAUAAUAUGGCGACAUCAUUUACAAAAUAUCUAUGUUGUUAAAAAACCCUGGAAUUCUAGUGUUCGAGACGCCAUGAUUGAAUUCAUUGAAUAUGUGAACCAGAAUUUCCCCGAUAUUAAUAUAAUUGUUAGUGAAGAUGUUGCUGAUGAAUUAAUCAGUGAAAAUAUCAAGAUCAGUAAAGGAAAGGGACAAGUGACCAUAUUUACCGGGGGGAUAAACGAUAUAGUGAACAAAACCGAUUUGAUAGUUACAUUAGGAGGCGACGGGACUAUCUUAAGAGCAGUUAGUGCCUUCAGUAAUAGUAAUGUUCCCCCGGUGUUAAGUUUUGCCUUGGGAACGUUAGGGUUUCUAUUACCAUUUGAUUUUCUGAAAUUCAAAGAGAGUUUCCAAUCGGUUUAUGAUCUGAGAAGUAAAGCAUUACAUAGAAAUAGAUUAGAGUGUCAUGUUGUUAGAAAGAAAGAUUUAGAAGAAAGAAAACAAAACGAUAUUGGAAUUAAUGAAUUAGAAAGAAUUAAGAGAAUCAAGCAGUACGAAUUAGACCAUUAUAAGCAAAAUCAUCAGUCCACCAUGAUUCACGCCAUGAAUGAUAUUCUGUUACACCGAGGCAGCCAGCCAAAUUUAAUCUCUCUUGAUAUCUUUAUUGAUAACGAAUUUUUAACUACAACCACUGCUGAUGGGAUUCUGUUCAGUACCCCUACCGGGUCCACCGCUUAUUCCCUAUCAGCAGGAGGCUCCAUCACCCAUCCUUUAGUUCCUUGCAUACUAUUAACCCCAAUCUGUCCAAGAUCAUUGAGUUUCAGACCCUUGAUUUUACCUCAAACAAGUCAUAUAAUGAUAAAGUUAAGUGAUGCAAAUAGAAACGUUGCCAUCAAACUAAACAUCGACGGCAUCCCGCAACGAGACUUGAAACCAGGCGACCAAAUUCAUGUCGUUAGUGAAAACGGUACCAUUUAUAUCCCCGGUAAGUACGAACCCCCUCUAACCUUACUGCAAAGAAACGAAUUUGAUUUCUUUAUUGAACCCGGUAGCAAACCCCCCGAUAGUAAAAUUACAAACCUAAAACAAAGAGGUAUCUGGUGUGUCUCUCGCACAGAAAACGAUUGGACCAAAGAUAUCAACGAGCUUUUGGGCUUCAAUUCCUCCUUCAGAGGCACUAAACGUAAUUAAGUAGCAUCCUCUCUAAUCAUACGAUCUAAAGCUAUACUGCCUGGUGUAGGGGCCUUUUUGCCGGAGAAGUAACUCGCACUGGUUUUCCGGGGGUGCAACCUGCUGGCGCGCCUAAACACAAAUAAAAAUAAACGAGAAUUUGCACCCCCU